AUGCUGCGGUUCGUCACACUGGUGGCGCUGCUGGCUGUCUCCUCUGCAGUCGACAACCCGACCGUGCAGCUGCCGCUGGGCUCGCUGCGCGGCACGCGGCUCAAGUACGAGGGCAGGGCGUACCACGCCUACCGCGGCGUGCCCUACGCCGAGCCCCCGGAGCGUUUCAAGGAGGCAACGCGAAAGCGUCCCUGGAGCGGAAUGUUGGACGCGACCGAGGACGGGCCGAGCUGCCUGCAGCACGAUGCCUACGCGGACGAGGGGGACGGAGCGGAGUACAAGGGCGACACGGACUGCCUCUUCCUAAACGUGUACACCCCUGCGGUGAAAGGCGAGCGAGGCUUCCCUAUAAUAGUGUACAUACAUGGAGGGGGCUAUUCGAGCGGUCAUGCCGGUUCGGAGUGGGUCGACCCCCAGUACUUCAUGCUCAAGGAUGUGGUCGUCGUGACCGUCGCCUACAGACUGGGCGUCUUUGAGUUUUCAUUUGCUGGUAGCAGGCACUUUGUUUCGAUAGGAGGGUACGCGCUGCCGGCAGGGUUCCUGUGCACGGGCGACGACCAGACGCUGGCCAACCUGGGGCUGCGCGACCAGGCGCUCGCGCUCCGCUGGGUGCGCGCGCACGGCCCGGCCUUCGGCGGCGCCGCCGACCGCAUCACGCUCAUGGGCCACGACGCGGGCGCCGCCAGUGUCCACCUCCACAUGCUGGCACCAGCCUCCAGGGGUCUGUUCUCGCGCGCCAUCUCCCAGAGUGGCGUGUGGCUGGACUGGUGGCUGGGCGCGCAGCAGCCUCGGCAGGCAGCGGCCACCGUGAGGACGCUGGCGGCGCUGCUGGGCUGCUACUGGGAGCCGCCCUCGCUGAUGCCCUGCCUGCGCAGCAGGCCGAUCCGACAGCUGUUCAACGCGACUGCGCAAUUCCAGUUCUGGUCGAUCGAGCCGCUGUCGCUGUUCCGGCCGUGCGUGGACACGGCGACUGCCUCUCCGUUCCUGCCGGUCGACCCCCUGCAGCUGCUGGAGGACGGCCAGGUGGCCAGCGUGCCGUGGCUGCUCGGCGUCACCUCCGACCAGGGGCUCUUCCGUCUCGCCGAGUGCGUAAGGUGGAAGUCUGGCCUGAUUGCUCAAGUAAAAGUUCACAGGCCAAUAGGCGAUUGA